AUGCUAUCCGCACCAAAUCCUCCCUUCUGUAUGAUACGGAUGUGCGUAGAUUGUGUGAUUACUACGUUUUCAUGCCGUCUUCAGGGGCUCUUGUGCAUACGCCAAACUUCUCUCACAACCCUCUGGAAAUCGAUGUCAUUCACUUUCUACAGCCAUUUCGAGCGUUGCCGAGGCGAGUAGGAGAGACACACUGUAUCUAUGAAUUGAGUACACGAGUGUGUGUAUGUGUGCAGUCUGACGUAUCUCAGCUGUGAGAACUGUGUGUUAUUUGGCGCCAUAACUGAUGACGCUCUCUGUUAUGUCGAGAUAGAGGAGCUACGAAAGUGGCUUAGAAAGCCCUCUGAGAUACCUGUAAGCACACUGCAUGCUUCCUACGUCAACUCUUACUAUCUUCGGCCUACAAUGGUGUUUAUCCGACAGAUAGUUUUGCGGGUCUCUCAAAAGGCGGCACUUUGGAACUUAAUUCAAACAAGAUCUCGAUGGUCUCCAUUCGCCGCCCAGCCUUCAAUGCUAAGCCAUAUGGGUGGCUUUCGAGCCCUUCGAGGCUCGCUGCUUCUGUGUGGUUACGGAACACCACGCUUGAAAAGUUUGAGAUGUCGGUUUCUCACGAUGAAUGGCCGAGAAAGUUGGACUUACACUUCAAUCCUGUUAAGGGGUGGGUGCGCGGCGUGCGCGCGCUCACGUCUGCUGCCCGCAACUUCCCACACACGGCCCACGCGGCAAUGACGAGGUCUCUGCAGAUGGAGUGGGACUACGUCUUUCGUGUCGUGCUCACCGACGAGUGCGCUCUCAGCCCCCUCCGCGAGGCCAUCGCCAAGGAGCUGCUGCCGGCCCUCCUCGGCGGCCCUGUGACGCCGUCCGAGGUCGACCUGAUGCUGCUGCCUGCCCGGCAUAGCGGCACCGGCAUAUGUGACCCUCUCGACCGUGCCGCAGCCGCCUACCCCGCUUCCCGCGCGAGCACCAAGGUGGUCUCCAAGUCCGUCCAAGGCAAGGCUCCGUUCCACCCUGGCGACCAUCGUGCCACCAUCCGCCACGCCCUCACCCGGAGCAAGCAGCAGCAGGACGUCGCCCACAAGACCAAGAGGGAGGCCGCCCUGCCGCACAUCGACCGCCGGCGCCAUCGCGUCCUCUCCCGCAGCGCCGAGUACAAGACGUCCGGCUGGCUGACCACCCUCCCGUCGACAGACAACAACACUGGUCUUGAUGCUGCGGAGUUUCGAGAUGCCCUCAACAUGCGUUACGGCCGUCACCCCCCCGGCCUCGCUGCACGCUGCGACCACUGCAACCAGCCCCUCACCGUCGACCAUGCGCUGUGCUGCAAGCGGUACGGCCUGGUGAUUCGUCGCCACGACGAGCUGCGGGACACUUUUGCCGAGCUGAUUGGGAUGGCGUGGGGGGACGCUGGUGUGCGUCGGGAGGUGGUGUUGAAGGAGGGAGAGGAGGGGGAGGGUGGGGUCAGGGCGGACAUCGUCGCUCGGGGCGUGUGGGAGCGGCAGGCGGCUGCGUCGUUUGACAUCUGUAUUACGGAUCCUGACGCAACGUCUUACGCUUCCAAGAACCGAUCGACCAAGUCCAUCCUGAAGCAGCACGAGACCGCCAAGAAGAAGAAAUACCGCUCGGCCGUCUGCGACUCCCGCGUGACCUUCUGCCCUCUGGUGGUGACGUGUGACGGUGUGUGGGGACACGAUGCCAACGUGUUCAUCGCCCACAUGGCUCAUGCGCUGUUGGAGAAGGAGGGGUGGAAGGGUCGGGGGUUCAGUCAUGUGUCUGGAUGGAUUCGCUCUCGCUUGUCUAUCGCCCUCGCGCGUGCGACUAGCUUCUGUCUGCGUGGGGGAGGGAGGGGAGGGUUUGCGGGACUGGGGUGUGCUGAUGGGGCGGGGAUUGAUCCCUCCUCCCCUUGAGCCUGUUUGAGUCUGCGUGCUGAUGGGACUGUAUUUGUAUGAGUAUCACGGACACACAGACGAGUGUUACGGUUAAUGACAGUUUCCCCCCCAGACAAUGACGACUCACUGAAGGCUGACUUUCUCUGCCUUUGGUCCCUGUUUGCAGGCUGUGGUCGUUCGCAAACGAUAUGCGCCGGUGAGAAUGACUGGCGAGCGGAGUUUCAUGUUUGCGGACGUGUCUGUGAACGAUUUCUCUGCAGGGCAAAGUGCAGCCGCACGCUGACCACUUCAUCACCAAGCGUCCCGCAAAGAGGACAUUCAGAGAUCGCCAGGGCAGCGACAUUUUCGCUCUCACUGGGGUAAGGAUGCACUCACGUACAGGUCACGUGAACGCCCAUCGCUGCGGGUAUCCAUUGGUGUGGCAGGUGGGCUUCACUGAGGAAGAAGAUGCCAUGAUCCUGAGGAUGCUGCCGGAGGUAGCGGCGGUCUGCGGGCGGGACUAUGAGGAGAUCAAAGGCACGGGCAGAUUGAUGAAAGCCAUGGAUGCAGUGAUGUCACUGAAUGAUGUGUCUGCCCGUGUGUCUUCUUCUGGUUUUGGCUGUCAGAGUUGGCGAAGAGGGGAGUCGAUCGCUGCAAUGACGUUUUGCACAAGGAGGGCGUGUGGACUCAGCUGGGUAAGACGCAGAUGGAUCUGUGUACUCACAGAGCACACACAUCAUCCCAAUGUGUGUGUGUGUGUGUGUGUCUGGUCAACUCAGCUGGCCACUUUCCCCACCGCACCGUCGCUGCAGUCCGCCGCCGGGCACUCUUGCUGCUGGCCAGUGAAGAGCCCAACAUCAAGAGCGGCAGGUGGGCACCCGACGAGGAGAGAAAACUUCUCCGACUGAUGCGCCGCCUCGGCAGAGACCUCAAGGUCAGCUGCAGAAUACAAACAGAGAAACAACUGUCUGAUACAGACACACAUGUGGGUGUGCUGUGUGCAGGUGUUGUCUGAGAAGCUGCACCGCAAGCAGGAGUCUGUGCGCAAGAAGGUCAGGCAGAUGCAGCGCAGCGAGCAGCGCCAGCGAGAUGAGGAGACCACCAAGUGCGAGGACGUGGAGGAGUGGAGCACAGACACGAGCACAUCGGCUAAUGAGAGCGGCUCGACCGGCACAGCAACCGGCACAGCAACCGACAAGCUGACGGACAAGGACGACGACGGCCUUCUGUCUAUCAUCCAGUGAGUUUGGACACGUUCAUCAAUGGACAGACAGCUCUCCCCCUGUCCUGCCACUGUAUCUGUCUGCAUUGUUCUGUGUGUGUGCGUGCGCAGGGAGGAGACGGGCCUGCAGCUGCCUCUGCCCAACCUCACCUGGAAGGAGAUAGCACCAAGCGUUCGCUCUCAAAUGGGCAAAAAGGUCACCGAUUCCCGCCUAAGGGCGUUUUAUAGCGGCCUCUUCGUCCGGCGUGCGUGCAAGACUCUCAGGAUCUCGCGGGACGCGGUGAACGAUGUGCGCAGCAAGGAAGGAAGGACCUGUGCCAAGACACUGUACACACACAUCCCCCACUGGUUCCCGCGUGUCUGUGUGUCUACGCUUUGCUACGUAGUUGCUCUUCCGCGUUCUCCUUCGCUACGUCAAGAGGGUCUUCGCCAUCACACCUGGUGCGGCCCAUUCAGGGUGGAUCAACGAGAUCGACACCGCGGCCGCCACGUACUUCUGGCCGCAGUUGGAAGUCAGGCGCUUCUUCAAGGUAACCCAACACGACACACACCGCACCGAUCAUGUCGUCGCUUGCCUCCCUUCUCCCCGGCAGACUCGGUUUGACUCGCAAAGGAUCCAGAUCCUCCUCGAUCGGGACACCUCCCCCGUCAAGCAGGUCAAGAGGCUCCACAAAGCCCUCAGCUGCAAAAAGCUGAAGGAGGAGGAUGCGGCCACCAUCGACAAGAUCGUGCAGCUAUACAGCAAACCGGCCGACAGCACUGGCGGCACAAGCAGCAGCAGCACGGCGGCGAGUGGCAUCGAGGCGGCUGAGAGAGCGCCUGGCAAGGCCACCAAGAAGCGGCGCAGGGGUGGGGAGGAGAUCUCCAUGAGGCCGUCGGACAGCCCGUUCGCCAGCCUAGCCGAGCCAGAGGGAGAGUGCGUGAGCGGCAUGGACGACGCCACCAACAGCACCCCUCCCCCACAGAAGAAAAAGCGCAAAAGGGGCAAGAGGCCGACGGAGUAG